GCCAUGUACACCAGAUUGAUCUCAUUAUUGAUUGAAAAUUUAGAGAAAAACAUCAUAACAACUAAAAGAGAUCUUUAUUACCAAGAUGUUUCUUUAUUCCAGAAUCAGGCAAAUGUGGAUGCUAUAAUUGAAGAUUUAUGUAAUGUAUUAGGUUUCACAAAUCAAGAACUUGGUGCAGUUGCUGCCCUAAAGGGGUUAUGUUUUGGUGAUGUUACUUUACUCAAUGGUAAUCCAAAUCUAGAUCAAAUAUUCACAAGACAACAAGGCAGUUUUUUAAUCCCCAGAUUGAACAACAAAUCCAAGAUCCAAUUAUCAAAUGAUGUUCAAUACAUUCUUGUUGUAGAAAAAGAUGCAGUGUUCAAUUUACUUUGUGAUCCAACUAACUCUAAUAGAAUCAUAGUCACAGGUAAAGGAUUCCCCGAUCAUUUGACCAAACGGUUCCUAAGUUUAUUAUCAAUAACUUACCCACAUUUACCUGUUUUGGGGAUUGCUGAUAUUGAUCCUUAUGGUUUAAAUAUCAUGAAACAGUUUAAAUCUGGUGGUGAUAAAUCAAAUUGUUUCAUGGUUAAUAAAGAUCAAAAAUUUGAUUGUCCAAGAUUAAAACUUGUUGAUAUUACAAUCUUGGAUUUCAUCAAGAAAUUAGACUGUCUUGAUUUAACAAUACGUGAUUUUACAUUGUCAUCAAAGAUGCUUGAACUUGAUUUUUAUAAUGAUGUUCAACAAGAGAUUUGGAGAUCUGAGUUACAAAGAAGCAUGUUUUUCGGUAAAAAAGCCGAGAUCGAUGUGAUCAAAGGGUCAAAUGACAACUUGGAAAUCAAUUUAACACAAUACAUUGCAAAUGCCAUUGAUAAAGCAAUGAAAUAA